UGCCACCUGUCAGUGUCCAUCAGUGCCAGCUGUCAGUGCUCAUCCAUGCCACCUGCCAGUGUCCAUCAGUGCCACAUUUCAGUGCCCAUCAGUGCCACCUAUCAGUGCCAGUCAGUGCCUCCUAUCAGUGCUGCCAAUCAGUGCCACCUAUUAGUGCCCGUCAGUGCCGCAUAUCAGUGCCACCUAUCAGUGUGCAUCAGUGCCACCUAUCAGUGUCCGUCAGUGCUGCCUAUCAGUGCCACCUAAUAGUGCCAGUCAGUGCCACCGAACAGUGCUAGUCAGUGCCACCUAACGGUG